GGGGAACCAAAGAGAGGGGGGCGGGUUUCCAGGGGGACCUUCGCCCGGCUCCCUCCUUUCCAGAAACAAAAUGGAGGCGGCUGUCAGUGUCACCGCUGCCGCUGAGGCCGAGGCCGAGGCCGCCCUCCCUGCCUCCUCCGCCGUCCCCAAGGAGGGCGAGGAGGAGCCCUCCACCUCGGCCGCCUGCGCCCCGCCGCCGGAGCCUGGCCCGGACGAGAAAAAUGACCCACCAUUUGUACUCAAACCGCCCCCAAAAGCAUCUAAAUCCGAAAAGGAAGUUGAUCCAGAAUAUGAAGAGAAGAUGAAAACAGACCGAGCAAAAAGGUUUGAAUUCCUGCUGAAGCAGACAGAACUCUUUGCACAUUUUAUCCAACCUGCAGCUCAGAAAUCGCCAACUUCCCCUCUGAAAGUGAAACUUGGCCGGCCCAGAGUAAAGAAGGAUGAAAAGCAGAGUUUGCUUUCUGCUGGAGAUUACCGCCAUAGGCGCACAGAGCAAGAGGAGGAUGAGGAGCUCCUUUCCGAGAGCCGGAAAACCGCAAAUGUGUGUGUUAGAUUUGAGGAGUCUCCUUCUUAUGUUAAAGGAGGAACAUUACGUGAUUAUCAGGUCAGGGGCUUGAAUUGGAUGAUCUCAUUAUAUGAAAACGGUGUGAAUGGGAUUUUGGCAGAUGAAAUGGGUCUUGGAAAGACACUGCAGACGAUUGCACUGCUGGGCUACCUGAAGCAUUACCGAAAUAUCCCUGGGCCGCACAUGGUUCUGGUUCCGAAAUCAACGCUGCACAACUGGAUGAACGAGUUCAAACGCUGGGUCCCAUCGUUACGUGCCGUAUGUCUCAUUGGGGACAAGGAUGCCAGAGCUGCUUUCAUCCGUGAUGUUAUGAUGCCUGGAGAAUGGGAUGUGUGUGUAACCUCCUACGAAAUGGUCAUUAAAGAGAAGUCUGUUUUCAAAAAAUUUAACUGGAGAUACUUGGUGAUUGACGAAGCUCACCGUAUAAAGAAUGAAAAAUCUAAGCUCUCUGAGAUUGUACGCGAGUUCAAGACGACCAAUCGGUUGCUGUUGACAGGAACGCCUUUACAGAACAACCUCCAUGAGCUUUGGGCAUUGCUCAAUUUUCUUUUACCAGAUGUCUUCAAUUCUGCAGAGGAUUUUGACUCAUGGUUUGACACUAAAAAUUGUCUUGGUGACCAAAAACUCGUAGAGAGGCUUCACGCGGUUUUAAAGCCAUUUCUGUUACGGCGGAUAAAAGCUGAAGUGGAAAAGAGUCUGCCUCCUAAGAAAGAAGUGAAGAUUUAUCUGGGGCUCAGCAAGAUGCAGAGAGAAUGGUAUACUAAGAUUCUGAUGAAAGAUAUCGACAUCUUGAAUUCAGCUGGAAAAAUGGACAAGAUGCGGUUGCUGAACAUCCUGAUGCAGCUGCGGAAGUGUUGCAACCAUCCGUACCUGUUUGAUGGUGCUGAACCUGGCCCGCCGUACACCACUGACACACACCUUGUGACCAACAGUGGUAAAAUGGUGGCUCUGGAUAAACUGUUGUCAAAACUCAAAGAACAGGGUUCCAGAGUCCUUGUUUUUAGCCAGAUGACCCGCUUACUGGACAUACUGGAAGACUAUUGCAUGUGGCGGGGCUAUGAGUAUUGCCGGCUGGAUGGACAAACACCACAUGAGGAGAGAGAGGAAGCAAUAGACACUUUUAAUGCUCCCAACAGCAGAAAGUUUGUUUUUAUGUUGAGUACAAGAGCUGGAGGUUUGGGGAUUAAUCUAGCAACUGCUGAUGUUGUUAUCUUGUACGAUUCCGACUGGAACCCCCAGGUCGAUCUGCAGGCAAUGGAUCGUGCACAUCGUAUUGGUCAGAAGAAACCGGUACGGGUCUUCCGACUCAUCACUGACAACACUGUAGAAGAGAGAAUUGUAGAGAGAGCCGAAAUAAAACUGAGAUUGGACUCAAUAGUUAUACAACAAGGGAGAUUAAUCGAUCAGCAAUCUAAUAAACUGGCAAAGGAUGAAAUGCUGCAGAUGAUCCGACAUGGAGCAACACAUGUAUUUGCCUCCAAGGACAGUGAGCUGACUGAUGAAGAUAUUACCACUAUUUUGGAAAGAGGGGAAAAAAAGACAGCUGAAAUGAAUGAGCGUCUACAAAAAAUGGGGGAGAGCUCUCUUCGAAACUUCACUAUGGAGACAGAAACGAGUUUGUACAAUUUUGAAGGGGAAGAUUAUCGAGGGAAGCAGAAGCUGAGCAUGAUGGAAUGGAUCGAACCUCCCAAACGAGAGCGUAAGGCCAACUAUGCUGUGGACGCCUAUUUCAGAGAAGCCCUCCGUGUCAGUGAACCAAAAAUCCCAAAGGCACCACGACCUCCAAAACAGCCAAAUAUUCAAGAUUUCCAGUUCUUUCCACCACGGUUAUUUGAACUUCUGGAAAAAGAAAUUCUUUAUUAUCGCAAGACCAUAGGCUACAAGGUCCCCAGGAAUCCAGAACUCCCCAACGCAGCUCAGGUGCAGAAAGAGGAGCAGCGGAAGAUCGACGAGUCGGCACCUCUGACGGCAGAAGAGGCAGAAGAGAAGGAGAAACUUCUCACCCAGGGUUUUACAAACUGGAACAAGAGGGACUUCAACCAGUUUAUUAAAGCCAAUGAAAAAUAUGGACGUGACGACAUCGAUAAUAUUGCCCGUGAGGUGGAAGGGAAGUCGCCCGAAGAAGUCAUUGAGUAUUCAGCUGUAUUUUGGGAACGUUGCAAUGAACUCCAGGAUAUUGAGAGGAUCAUGGCUCAGAUUGAACGAGGGGAAGCCAGAAUACAACGGAGGAUUAGCAUCAAAAAAGCCCUGGAUGUCAAAAUCGCGAGGUAUAAAGCCCCUUUUCAUCAACUCCGCAUUCAGUAUGGAACAAACAAAGGCAAAAACUACACAGAAGAGGAGGACAGGUUCUUGAUAUGCAUGUUGCACAAAAUGGGGUUUGAUAAAGAAAAUGUUUACGAAGAGCUAAGGCAGUGUGUCCGCAAUGCACCCCAAUUUAGAUUUGACUGGUUUAUCAAGUCGAGGACUGCAAUGGAACUUCAGAGACGCUGCAAUACACUCAUAUCGCUGAUUGAAAAAGAAAAUAUGGAGAUUGAGGAAAAAGAGAAGGCUGAGAAGAAGAAACGGGGAACGAAAACUCCAGCGUCACAAAAAAGGAAAGCCGAUUCCUCAGCUGACAGCUCUGGCAAAAAGGACGCCAAGAAAGUGAAGACGUAAAACCAGUGGAAAAAAGGGUUUCAUCCAAAACUGCCAUAUUGCCCUCUCUCUCUGCCAAGUUAUUGAUGCCCUUUGUGUAUUCACCCCCCACAUAGUUUUUAUUUGUGCCAAUCUUGCCUGAUUUACAACGCCGUUCUUUACUUGCUUUGUAGUUUUAUAUUUUAAUGCAUUCCAGCAUUUUUGUGCAGUUGUCUUUUUGUGUUGUUUUGUCUUAUGCAAGAAAAUAUGCACUUCCUGUCCUGAAGCUUGUGCUACAUUUUUGGCUUUCGUAUGUUUUAUAUCCAGGUGCUUUGACAAAAAAGAAAUAUUCCCCUUGGUUCUGUUAGGUGUAUUACUGUUGUUUGCUACUUUAUAUGAUCGUGGAAAGUAUAACUGAAUUAAAAUGACUACAGGAAAAAUA